AUGCCACCUCCAGUUACUCCAUCUCCUCAUCGGUUCGUCGUCAAGAAGCAGCAACCUCUGUCUCACAAGAAAACCACUUUGAACCAGGAAUACAGGCCUAGACCUCCUCCUCCGCCACCUCCAAGCAGUACCCCACGACAUGCCCCUCCAUCAAGCACACCUCAAUUUAACUCAACUCCAAGAUUCCAUCUACCAUCCACGCCUCGACCAUCGGCAACACCAGGGCCUCGUGUGAGCACACCCAACCCGCAAGGAAGCUAUGGAGGACCAACGCCAUCUGCAUCCCGUUAUCGUACAUCGGCGAGGAAGGAAGUGAAAGCAGAAGAUGCAAUAAAUUCAAGCUUCGAUGAGGACAUCCAAAACUCGAUUGAAUCAGAGGAGGAGGGCCAGGAGAACUGGGUAGAUGAGAAUCCAGAAGAUGACUACAACAUUGACCCCCGAUCUCCGAAACGACAGCGGGUGUCCCCGUCACCUACCCCAAGUCCCUUUGAACCGUUGUUCGAACCGAGCUCGUCCGCUUCACUUCCUAUACUAUCUUCACCCCCACAAGCACCGAUAAAACGAGCAUUACCAGUAGCGGCCUCGAGAUUUAUGACAACCGUUCUUGGUGCUUCCCAGCAGAGUACAUAUCUUACGCAAGGCCAACAAGCAUUCAGAAAACCACCUACCUUCCGUCCUCCCUCUCCUUCGGCUCCACAAAAUCAACUCGAUCCUCUACCAGAGCAAUUUUCCCCACACGGAAAAGGAAGGAAAUACAUACCAGGCGGGUUAGCAGCGGAACUUCAGAGUUGGUUGUUCAAUAUCGAGAGCACGUCGCAUACGGUGUCUCGUUCUAAGAAUGAAGAAUGGCCUAUUCGGAUUAUCGUUGAUGAAAUUAGUGGUCAUCCCAGAAGUGGCAUGACCAUGAUAAGCGGACGUCGGAUACAUGAUAUGGAGAGUAAUGAUGAUGGCCCGUCCGGCAUAAUUGAUACGCUAGGUGAAGUUCGAGUGAUACUGGCUGGAGAGGGCCAGCUUAGCGGUUUGCAGAGAGGCAGUAAAGUGGAAAAAGGAAGAGUUAUUGGGAUUAAAGGACCUGUGUGGGAAGUCGUUCUAGAGGAUGGUAAAUGGAGUGUAGGAUGUGAUUGGAAAGUCUUGGAUGAUAAAGAGUAUGGCUGA